CAACAACUAGCGUAGUAACAUCCGCACUAUCGCAGCAGUCUCAUCCACGUUUCCGUUUAGGCUACGUUCUUUUUACCAAAAUGGCUCCGAAACCGAAGUCCGCAGAGAAAUCAGGCAAGCCUGCAGAGAAGAAGACAGAGAAGAAGGCUGAGAAGAAACCAGCCACAGCGGCUUCUACCUCCAAGGUGACGAAGCCGGCAGCUAAGCCUGCGGCUGCUAAAAAACCCGCUGCCGCUAAACCAACGGCCGUUGCCAAACCGGCAGCGACCAAGCCAGCGAGCAAACCUGUGCUUAAACUGGCCAACAAACCAUUGAUCAGCAAGUCGCAAAAGAAAGCACAGAUCGUUAAGAAGACGCCGAAGGGAGGCAAACCAGCGGCUCCUCUUCAAAAAGCUUUGAAGGCUCAAAAGAAGAUUCUAAAGGGCGUACAUGGCUCUCGAGUACGGAAGAUCAGGACGUCCGUCCACUUCCAUAGGCCCAAGACAUUCAGGCCGCCCAGGAACCCGAAGUAUCCGCGCAAAUCUGUGCCGAACAGAAAUCGCAUGGAUGCAUUCAACAUCAUAAAAUUCCCAUUGACGACGGAAGCGGCGAUGAAGAAGAUCGAGGACAACAAUACCCUGGUUUUCAUCGUGCACACGCGCGCCAAUAAGUACCACAUCAAGGCUUCGAUCAAGAAACUCUAUGACGUUGACGUAGCGAAAGUGAACACUUUGAUCAGACCGGACGGCAAGAAGAAGGCGUACGUGCGUUUAACGCGCGACUACGACGCGCUCGAUGUCGCCAACAAGAUUGGCAUUAUAUAAUUCUCACCUUUCUUGUAUAAAAUAAUAAUAAACAUACUGAUAAACAUAGAAA